AUGUGCAGAGCUUUAAUAAAUCGUAUUGAGGUUGCUGAACAGUCUGCUAAGUCUUUAAAACGUAAAAGGCAAGAAAAUGCAGCAAAAUUUCUCGGUGAAGAAUAUUAUCGUGCGUGGGUAAGAUUUACCAAUGUACUGAAAAAUAUUAAAGACUUUGCUGAAGAUGUAAUACAACAAUCGGUGAUUCGAAAAUAUUUAAAUGCUAAUGCCGUUAAAGAAGCAUAUGAUAAAAAUAUUAAAGAAUUUGAAGAUUGCUUGUCGAGAUCUGCAAUUAUCAACGAAUUUACAGAUGGAAUGAAAAAUAUUUCGCAACAGAUAAAUAUUCUAUCGGAACAAUUACCUGUACCAACAUUUCCAAUUAUCACACCAUUCGAAGAUGGAAUUAAAGCACAUAAAAAGAAGCAAUACAAGGAAGCUUGGGAAUAUUUUAAUGAGCAUGCUGAUUUAGGACUUAGCUUAGCAAGAUAUUGGAAAGGGUAUUAUCUUGUGAAAGGAUAUCUCAUGGUUAAUAUAAGUAAUGGUAGUUCAGAAAAUUAUGAUAUCAUUUUAAAAUAUAUGAAAGUUGCUGCCGAUGGAGGAAGUGGAAAGGCUCUUUAUAAUCUAAGUGAUAUUUAUCUUCAUGGAAAAUUUGGAGUGGAAAAGAUGAAAAAAAAGGAAAUGAAUAUUUUAAAUUAG